UUGAGCCAAGAGAAGUAGAGAAGGCCAUUGGGAGGAAAGCUUCAGAAGCUGCUUAGAGAGGACAUAUUGAUCAGAUAUGGGCCAAGCUGCAACGCAGCCAAGUACCAACUGGCACCUGAAAGAAAAUGCAAGAGAACAUCACACAAGUAAAUUUUCUAGCGACGAAUUGAUUGUGAGGAGAGGACAGGCCUUCACUCUCACCUUCAGUGGAACAGAACAGCCUGAGCAAAACUUGAUAUUCAUUGCAGAAACAGGUCCAAAACCCUCGAAGGCAGCUAAGACUCAUGCCACAUUUGGUAUCUCCAGCGAAGUGAGCAAGGAGGGCUGGAGUGCAGUUCGACAGUCUUCAAGUUCCAACUCUGUGAGCAUCUCCAUCUCCAGCCCACCUAAUGCUGUCAUUGGACGUUACAGGUUGGGUGUGCAAAGUGGCAGUGCCUCUCCAGCAAGUCUUGGAACUUUUGUUUUGCUUUUUAACCCUUGGUCUUCAGGUGACGAUGUGUUCAUGUCUAACAAUGCUGAGUGUGAGGAAUAUGUGCUAGAAGAGUUUGGCAUCAUUUUUGCAGGCAAUAAAAAUCAUAUCAGCAGCUUUGGAUGGAACUUUGGCCAGUUUCAAGGAGACAUCCUCAAUAUCUGCCUUGCCAUGAUGGAUCGAAGCUUAUACUAUCGUCAGGAUCCUGUCACUGAUACAUCUCACCGACACGACCCCAGAUACCUGGGCCGUGUCCUCAGUGCAAUGGUCAACGCCAAUGAUGACCAAGGGGUGGUGCUAGGAAACUGGAGUGGAAAAUACGAGGAUGGGAAAAAUCCGAGCAGCUGGACUGGAAGUGGUGAAAUCCUGCAAAGCUGGAAGAAAUCAGGAUUCAAACCUGUUAGAUAUGGACAAUGUUGGGUUUUUGCAGCAGUUUUGACAACAGUGCUUAGAUGCCUGGGGAUUCCCACCCGUACAAUUACAAACUUCAGCUCUGCCCACGAUGCAGAUGGAAAUCUGCGUGUGGAUGAAUUUUAUGAUGCUUCUGGAAACCAUUUGGAGAGAGGAGCUGAUAGCAUAUGGAAUUUCCAUGUCUGGAAUGAGAGUUGGUUUGCGCGCAGUGACUUGGGCGCUUCGUACAGCGGAUGGCAAAUUCUGGAUGCAACUCCCCAGGAACAAAGUGGAGGAAUUUAUCAGUGUGGUCCUGCCUCACGGAGAGCCAUCAAAGAAGGCGAAGUAGAUCUGGACUAUGAUUGCCCAUUCGUAUUUGCAGAAGUGAAUGCAGAUUGUAUGUACUGGAAUUAUGAUGCAGCAACUGGGAAGAAAACAUUAAUCUUCUCUAAGUCUACUGAUAUUGGCCAAUCCAUCAGUACAAAGGCAGUUGGUAGAGAUAAUCGUGUAGAUGUCACCAGUGAUUAUAAAUAUGAAGAAGGCUCUACAAAAGAAAGGGAUAUCUUUAAGAAAGCCCGUAAGAAGCUAGGACUUGAGGAUAAAUUUGAUCCUACAGCACCAACACCACAGGAAGUCGACCAGAAACCUGACAUUGCAGGGAAAUUCAAGGUGGCUGGCUCUCUGGAGAUUGGCAAAGAUCUCAACCUGCUUCUGGUUCUUGUAAAUUUGCAGUCUGAACCUAAGACUGCUCACAUAAAUAUGACUGCGUGGAGCACUCUGUAUACCAGAAAACCCGUUCAUGAGAUCUGGAAGGAUUCCAUGUCUGUCACUCUGUCUCCUAAGGAAGAGAAACAAUUUCCCAUUAAGAUUAAGUACACUGAUUACCAACAGCGGUUAACUACAGACAAAACAAUCCAGGUAACAGCCUUAUGUCACGUAGAAGGUGGGAUUCAAGUGCUUGUGCAAAGAGACAUCACCCUGGACAAUCCUGAGAUCAACAUACAGGUCCUUGGUGAAGCAAAAGUGAACAAAGAAGUGGAUGUGGAAGUGGUGUUCACCAACCCUAUCGAUACGGAAGUGAAGGACUGUGUGCUGCAGGUGGAAGGCAGUGACCUGCUCAGAGGAAUCCUGGAGUUGCGCAUUCCACCACUGAAAGCCAAUGAGAAAUCCAGAACCAAGUUUAAGCUCAUCCCUUCUGAGGCAGGUCCCAAACAUCUACUCGUUAAUUUCUCCUGUGAUAAAUUUGCAGAUAUCAAGACCUUUAAGAUGGUAAAAGUGAUUCACUAA